ACACUCCACACGUGCGAUCGUGGCACCCGCGAACUCGCCAGAAUCCCUCGAAACUCAAAUCUCUCCAGCAAGCGACCGGAACUUCCAUUAUUUCUCCAUUAAUUUUUGGUUCUCCGUAGGGUUUUCAAUACCUUUUCUUCUCUUUUACCUCUCAAUGUUUUGCUUUGUGGCGAAAAUAUCUUCGUUUUCGUUUGUAUCAGCAAAAUAUUUCUCUAAUCCCUGUUGCCUGGAGUCUGUUCAUGCGGUUUGAUGAUGGGGACGGAGUCUCGCCGGGAGAUGGUGACCGCCAGGCGGCCUUGCUUCUAUACUUUCUAUUCCUCCACACUUUCUUCAGAACGACUGAAACUUCCUUCGAAAUUUAUCAGAUACUUGGAAGAAAUCAUAGUUCGAUCAGUUACACUUAUUGGUCCUAGCGGCCAAACUUGGCUUGUUAACUUGCUCCAGCAGAAUGAUGACUUGUUCUUCUGUGACGGAUGGCCAACUUUUGCACGAGAUCAUGCCCUAGAUUGCGGUGAUUUUUUAGUUUUUAGAUAUGAUGGCGAGUUGCAUUUCACUGUGCAAAUUUUUGAUGAGAGUACAUGUGAGAAAGAAGGUGCAUUUCAUUCUCAAUGCAGUCAAGAUAACACAGGUCAUAAAAGAGACAGGGAGGAGGACAAUUCAUCCCCACAAACAUGCGCGGAAGCUGUGGCGAAGAAAAUGAGGAGCAUUUUUGAUGUUCAUUCAGAAUGCAGGGAGAACCUAGCGGCCAUAAGAACUGUGGAGGUUCAUAAAAAUGGAACGGGUCCGAAUGGGAUCAGUAAAGUUGAUGACGUAACUACGCAAGAUAAAAUUCUGGCCUUAUCACUAUCAUUUCAGGAUGAGAAGAACGUUUCCGAGUCCUUUAGCUCCAAUUUUCCAUAUUUUGUGAGAAUCAUGAAAAGCUUCAACGUUCGUGGUUCAUACACAUUGAAUAUCCCUUAUCAAUUUUCUAUGGCACAUCUUCCUAGCUGCAAACUGAAGUUGGUCCUUCACAAUUUGAAAGGGGAAUCCUGGACAGUGAAUUCUGUUCCUACAACAAGAGUGAAUACAAGUCAUACUCUUUGUGGAGGAUGGAUGGCCUUUGUGCGUGGGAAUGAUGUCAACAUGGGAGAUAUAUGUGUUUUUGAACUUGUUCGGCAUUGUGAAUUGCGUGUUCACAUUUUCAGGGUUGGAAAGGAAAUCUCUGAGGAUCAAAGUGGAAAAGGAACUUUGAAUAGGCUAGGUGCUGGCCAUGCAGUAAUUCCUCGUAAAGCUCUCAAAGGUUUGCCAAAGAAAAUGAAUGGCAACUCUCUUAAAGUUCAUUCAAAACGCUCCAAAAGGAUUGAAAUACAUGAUAAAAAAUGUUUGAACUCUUGGCAAGAACCCUUCUGCAAUGAUGCUAGGAAACAUUCUAGUGCGAAAAAGGUAUCCACUAAAGUCAUGGUUUGUUCUCAAUCAAAAAAGCCGUCUAAGCGUUUGGUUAAUCGGAGAACCAGUGUCAAAGGCGAUCUUGUAUUACCAGCUAGACUUGGUUUGCGAGCAAUGGUAGCACGUGACGAAGAAAGAGCAGCUAAAUCAUUUGUUUCUGUUUUUCCAAGUUUUGUCAGAAUCAUGAAAAAGUUCAACACAAGUGGUUCAUAUACUUUGAAAAUUCCGCAUCAGUUUUCUUCAGCACAUUUCCCUAACAGCAGAACUGAGAUUAUACUUCAUGGUCCAAAUGGGGGACGUUGGAUUGUGAACUCAGUACCAGACUCAAUGGGGCGAAUGAUGCAUACCUUUUGCGGUGGUUGGAUGUCGUUUGUUCGUGACAACGGUAUCCAGAUGGAGGAUAUCUGUAUAUUUGAACUUAUUGGCAAGUGUGAAUUGCUGGUUCAUAUAACCGGAGUCGGGAAGAAAGGGUUUGACCUCAGCAGUGAAGUCACAACUUGCAGUGAAUUAGCUAUUGUACCGACGACAAGCAAUGAUCCAUCUCGGUAAGCUGCAUGUCAGUCAGGCGCCCUUGUAGGCGGCUCCAAAUGCGAAAGAAAUUUCGAGGGGUGUGCAAAUGAAAAAUAAAUUUGAAGUUAUUUUCUA